AUGGAAGAACGAAAGAGGGUAGCAGACACUGAAGAGCAUCUGAAAACGCUUCAUCUUGAAGAUGCAUCAAAUUUGACAGUACUCAACCAAACUCCAUCGGUCCUGAUACGGGUGAAUGAAGCGUUCGAUUCGGCCUCUGGCAAACCUUUUGCUAAGGAAAACUUUCGACGAGCGACAAGAUGGCUUCAUUUCCGGGGCCUAGUCGUGUCCGAACUCAGUGCAGGAAAUGAGCCUACCUUGGCACAGCAAAUUGUGCGAUAUCUCAAAAACGAAGUCCCUCACGGAUUUCGUCUAUGCAUUCCUGAUGGAAACACUGUCGUCCUGAAGGGAAUACUUCUACUUCCGCAUUCCUACUUCAAUUUUAUCCGUGGGAGAGUGUACCCACAUGGAUUGGCCAAAAACUGGGUAAAGCGGGCGGUCACAACACAUACAACAAUGGUUUCUCCUCCUGCAAUAAAGAGACCAGAAGGUGCAGCUCCAAAAAGAAAACCUCGAGCAAAUUAUAAAUCAAUUAAUGAUGACUUACUAAAAGAUUUGUUGUCCAAUAUAAUGAAAGAGCGUCUCCAAGAAGAGUAUAGGAAGCUAGGGUCAAACCCCACACAAGAGAAACUGGAAUUUUUCAAGAAAAAAAAAGCUGAGUCAAAAGUUCUUGCCUAG